CCACCCUAUCCAUCACAUAAAAAACCGUCACCCCUCCUCCUGCUUCACUUCUUCUCUCAACUACUCUCUCUCUCUCUAAAAAGCUCCGUCGAAUCGGAAAUGGAGUCGGACUACGGCAUUCCCAGAGAGCUCUCGGAUCUCCAGAAGCACCGAUCUCUCUACCAGCCCCAGCUCCCUCCUUGCCUCCAGGGGACAACUGUUCGUGUAGAAUUUGGUGAUGCCACCGCUGCCGCAGAUCCAGCUGGUGCUCACACCAUCGGUCGAAGCUUUCCACACACCUAUGGUCAGCCUUUGGCUCAUUUCCUUCGGGCAACUGCCAAGGUUGCUGAUGCUCAGAUUAUCACCGAGCAUCCUGCUAUGAGGGUUGGAGUAGUCUUCUGUGGGAGACAGUCUCCUGGAGGACAUAAUGUCAUAUGGGGUCUCUACAGUGCUCUCAAAAUCCACAACCCCAGUAGUGUUCUACUUGGUUUUUUGGGUGGCUCUGAAGGUUUGUUUGCCCAGAAAACUCUAGAGAUCACAGAUGAAAUUCUCUCAACCUACAAGAAUCAAGGUGGUUAUGAUUUGCUGGGCCGUACAAAGGACCAAAUAAGAACAACUGAGCAAGUCAACGCUGCACUGACAACAUGCAAGAACUUGAAAUUAGAUGGUCUUGUUAUUAUUGGAGGGGUCACGUCAAACACUGACGCAGCUCAGCUUGCGGAAACAUUUGCUGAAGCCAAAUGCUCAACAAAGGUUGUUGGUGUUCCAGUUACCUUAAAUGGAGAUCUCAAGAACCCAUUCGUGGAGACUGACGUUGGUUUUGAUACUAUUUGCAAGGUAAAUUCCCAGCUCAUCAGCAAUGUCUGCACGGAUGCCCUUUCUGCAGAGAAGUACUAUUAUUUCAUUCGGCUCAUGGGACGAAAGGCAUCACAUGUGGCCCUGGAAUGCACUUUACAGUCUCACCCUAAUAUGGUAAUUCUCGGGGAAGAAGUUGCUGCAUCAAAGCUUACUCUAUUUGACCUGGCAAAGCAGUUAUGCGAUGCUGUUCAAGCUAGGGCAGAACAAGAUAAGUACCAUGGGGUUAUCCUAAUACCGGAAGGGCUCAUUGAAAGUAUUCCUGAAGUCUAUUCUCUUUUGAAGGAAAUUCAUGGAUUGCUCAGGCAAGGUGUUUCCGUGGAAAAGAUUUCCUCCCAACUCUCUCCUUGGGCAUCAGCACUUUUUGAAUUUUUACCACCCUUUAUCAAGAAGCAGCUACUCCUCCAUCCUGAAUCAGAUGACUCUGCACAGUUAUCCCAGAUUGAGACAGAGAAACUGCUAGCUCAUCUCGUGGAGGCAGAAAUGAACAAGCGGAUGAAAGAAGGAACAUACAAGGGGAAAAAGUUCAACGCUAUAUGCCACUUUUUUGGCUAUCAAGCUAGGGGGUCCUUACCGUCAAAGUUCGACUGUGAUUAUGCCUAUGUUUUGGGGCACAUUUGCUACCAUAUACUGGCUGCUGGCUUGAAUGGAUACAUGGCCUCUGUAACUAAUCUAAAGAAUCCAGUGAAUAAGUGGCGCUGUGGUGCUGCACCCAUAACAGCAAUGAUGACUGUCAAGCGAUGGGCCCAAAAUCCCAAUUCCUCAUUUAUUGGUAAACCUGCCAUCCAUCCAGCCAAUGUUGAUUUGAAAGGCAAAGCAUAUGAGCUGCUGCAACAGAAUGCAGUCAAAUUCUUGAUAGAUGAUCUCUACAGAAAUCCAGGACCUCUUCAGUUUGAUGGUCCUGGUGCUGAUGCUAAGCCUGUAUCUUUGUGUGUGGAAGACCAGGACUACAUGGGCCGUAUCAAGAUGCUUCAGGAAUACCUUGAUAAGGUCCGCACCAUUGUGAAACCAGGGUGUUCGCAGGAAGUUCUCAAAGCAGCUUUGAGUUCCAUGGCAUCUGUAACCGAAGUCCUCUCUGUCCUGUCCGCACCUUCAUCCAACGGCAUCAACCACGUCUGAGCACACCUCACAACUAGGAGCUGGUGAACUUCCUUCGCUCCCCUUGCUCUUUCUUCUUGACCUAUUAUCGACUUGCUGGGCAGAUACUAUGUGACGAGAAACAAUAAAACGGAGACAUUCUCCUUCUCAUGCUACUUUACGUGCAUGCGAGGAUAAGAUCAGUCUUAGAAUUUUUUUUUGUUGUUGUCAAAAGCCUUAGAAGUUUGAGGGGUUGAAGUUUUGUUUAUCUUCUUUUAUAAGCCAGUCAUGUUCUUUUCUUGUUUUUCCCCCCUUCGCGGUUUCUUUAACUUUUAGGCAGGUGGUGCUGUGUUUUGUUUCCCAAUAAUCUGUUCGCUGAAAAUUGUAUUGACUUUGGAGUGUUGUGUGGGCAUCUCAAUGCAACAUCAUUGGAUCCUU